AAUUGUUUUUUUUUUUUACUUCCACAGGCUCUGAAACUGGACCAUCUCUCUUGCACACCAUGAUUCUGAACCAACCCACCUUCUCCUUAAACCCUCCCUUCAAUUCCUUUCUCUCUCCUCUCUUCCCCAAAACAAAAACCCCAACUGCACUCUCCUCAAAAGACCACAAAGAAACCUUCUUUUGCCAUAGCCCUCUCUCUCAUCCAGGCUCCUACUCCCCUAUCCUCUAUCUUUUCCCCUCAAAACACCCCAAAAAACCCUUUCUUCAAAAUUUAUCGCCACCAUCUUACUCAAACCCUAGUCAUGAAGAAGAUGACCACGUUAUUGGCGACUGUAUCGUCCUCGAAGAAGGGAUUUUCGAGGACCCAUUUGCUCAGCAAGAAUUUCCUGAGAAACCCAGAAAGCCAAAACCAGUUGUGGUUGAGAAUUUGGUACCGGAUGACUGGAAAGAGGCAGCGAAAGAGCUCAACAUGAGUAAGAGAGAGAGGAGACAAAUUGCUCAGAAAAUGGAGUUUGGUAGUCGACUGGCUAAGAACAAGCCGAGGGUUAUUGAUAUGGAUCAGUAUUCAGCUUAUAGAUCAGAGAAAUUAUCUCAAUUGAAACCUAUUGUUUUGGACAAGCCAGAAGGUUUUCAUGAGAAUUCGAAUGACUUUUCUAGGAUACCGGACCCAAUUAACGAUCGUAGUGAUGACAAUGGUGAAUUGGGUCUUUCUUCUAAUCAUGAAGGAGGAGCUGAAUUGUGUUUUUCUUCAAAUGAUGAAGGUGGGGAUGAAUUGAGUUUCUCUUCUAAUGGUGGUGGUGAGUUGGGAUUUUCUUCUAGUUUGAGAGUCGUUCCUAGAAACCCUAGGUUGGAACUUGAGGGUGGAAGCUUUGAUGAUAUAACGGAGAUGUUUAACGGUGGUUAUAAUGGCAGGGAGGAAAGCAAAGAGAAGUCUCAAGGUCCUCGCAAGUUGUUAACAAACGAGGAAAAAGUCCUUCUGAAUAUGCGCGUACCUCGUCUUUCAGAUGCUACUUCAGACAAGUGGCUACCGGUACACACACUUGCAGUGUCAGGGCAGUUUUAUCUUCUGAAUGCAUUGCUAAAACACAAUGUUGACAUCAAUGCUACUGAUAAGGAUGGAUUGACUGCUCUUCACAAGUCUAUACUUUGUAAGAAACAGGCGAUAACCAAUUAUCUUUUGAGAAACUCGGCAAAUCCUUUCGUUCGUGAUGAUGGAAAAUUUUCUACUGUUGGGGCUGUCAAUUUCUGCAGCAUUGUGAGGACCCCCCAAAUAUCACUCGUUUGUUGGACGGGGGCUCCACUUCAACUACAACUUUGGAUCGUCCAUUCUUUGGCAACAAGAUCUACAACUUUAGGAGCUGACUUAUUCAUUUAUCUAUAUAUUUGGGAAUUUAUGAGAAGGUCAAAAUAUGGCUAUUUGCAAAAUCAAGUGGUAAAAAUCCAUUCUAACAUGGUUUUGUGGGGUUCCAUCAAUGUAUGAAACUGAACAGCCCCAUCCAAAGGUAAUUUUCCAUCUCUAAUUGUUCUCCAUCCCACAUUUCUAUUUAUUUGGCUUUCAUAGGUAAAAGAAUUUCUUUUUUUCUUAAUAAUCCUGUAAACAAAUAUUUCCAGGAACACAUGGCAACUUUUCUUAUUUUUUACUGUGAAUGGCACCCCAACUUAAUUUAGAGUUAUUUCAUUCUAUGGUGCUUAAUGCAUGUUUUGCCAAUUUUUGCCAGUUCCAUGUAACAGGCAUGAGUGGAAGGGGAGAGGGAGUUUUGUAGCAUAUUUCAAAUCAGAAUCAUGCUUUUCUCUUUUAAUAUGCCAGUGUAAACAAUGGAAAACUUUUCUCUUUUUUCAUGACCUGUCAUCGUAUGCUAGCACUUUGAUUUUCUACUUGUUGCUCACAACAGGAUGGAGCUACCUUGAUGCAUUAUGCAGUUCGAGUUGCUUCAGUCCAAACAAUUAAAAUCUUACUUUUGUACAAUGUCGACAUUAACCUUUCUGAUGAUUAUGGGUGGACACCUCUACAUCUUGCCGUGCAAACCCGAAGAACUGAUUUAGUAAAGCUAUUAUUAAUCAAAGGUGCCGAUGCUAAAUCAAAAAAUAAG